GAGGAGGACAGAUAUUCCCAGCGCUUUAAAUACACUAUGCAAGAUCAGAUGUCAGAAGCGAUUCAAGCGGUGUUACAAUGUGUAUGCGUCCCAGCAGUUGAAAUGAGAGUAUAAGUAAGCCGCAAAAUCGAGACAUCAGGACGAUAUUUUGAUGGCUACGAGAUAUUGAAGCAAAUUGCCUUCAGUAAUUCUCAGACCAUGAACUACGUGGGCCAGCUUGCGGGCCAGGUGUUUGUCCAGGUGAAGGAGCUGUACCGGGGCCUGAACCCCGCCACCCUCUCAGGCUGCAUCGACGUGAUCGUGGUGCGCCGCCCCGAUGGCACGCUGCACUGCUCGCCCUUCCACGUGCGCUUUGGCAAGAUGGGGGUCUUCCACUCCAGAGAAAAACUGGUGGACAUAGAGAUCAAUGGGGAGCCCGUGAGCCUGCAUAUGAAGCUGGGGGAGAAUGGAGAGGCCUUCUUUGUCAAGGAGACAGAGAACAUGCUGGAAGUGAUUCCCCCCUACCUGGCGACUUCACCGAUCCUGUCUGAUGGGGCGGGGCUGAUGGAGGCCCAGCUCGGGAGGGGCGUGUCCCGCAACACUGAUCCCGCCCCCGGCACCUCUCUUCCUGUCCUGGGGUCCCAGCAGGAAGGAGGGAUGAUAAAGAAGAGGAGGAAGAGGAGGAGGAAGGUGCGGGGGGAGAGCGGGAGGAGGGAGGAGAGCGGAGAGUACUCUGACGAAGAUGAAGACAUGUUCACCAUCGACAUGAGCUCAGAUGAGGAGAGGGAUGAUGACAACAUCAGAUCCUCGUCCUUGCAGGGCUCCAAGGCUGCCAUGCAGAGCAGCAGACGCUCCUCCUUCCUCCGCUCAGAACCAGAGUGGACCCGCUCCCAGAGCACCAUGGUAGAGCAGAUGUGCUCUCUCUCUUUGCCUCCAUCAGGUGGUCUCUCCAUCUCCUGUCCACAGCAGACGUCUCUCUUUCCAUCCUCGAUCAGCAUUGCCAAUGACUCCCACACCUCCAUGCCAAGGAGCGAGUCUGAGCUGACCAAUCAGGGCAGAGACAACCCUGAGAUGUUGUGGGCCUGGGGAGAGCUGCCACAUGCUGCACAGCCCUCUCUCCUCCCUCCCUCUCACAGUCCAGACCCCGCUGGCUCCACUAUGGCUCCUGUCUCCAUCCGUGUGUCUGACAGCACACACUUCAGGACCAUCUCUGGAGACCAGGCCCCCCCAGACACUGGCCCCCACUCCCUCACUGUGCCCCAGCUCAGGGACACCAGUCCAGGGCCUGGGGCUAGGGCUAGGGCUGGGCCUGGGGCUGGGCCUGGGGAUGGGCCUGGGCGGGAGAUGGAGUGUGUGAGUGCGGCCUGCAGAGAAGUGGAGGGGGCCACAGCUGCCCGUAUGCUUCCUGUCCUGGAGGGGGGGGGCAACAAGGGGAGCCCAGCCAGAUCCACAGACUCUCCCUCCAAGAAGAACGACAAGAGGAGCCGCCACCUGGGAUCUGAUGGGAUCUACCUGGAUGACAUCACUGAUCUGGAGCCGGAGGUAGCUGCUCUCUACUUCCCCAAGAGUGACGGGGCCAGCAGCUCCGUGAGGGUGGGGUCUGAGAUGGGCGUGCGGAGCGCCAGCCAAUCACCUCAGUCCUUAGCCGGCAGCGGAGUGGACAGCGGCGUGGACAGCUUGUCUGACCAGAUAGGAGACCUGCCCAACAUCGCCAUCUCCCUGUGCGGAGGACUCACUGACAACAGAGAGAUAACUGCAGUCCAGUUCCAGGAGAGAGCGAUCUCCUACCAGCAAUUCUCAGAGAAUCCGUCCAUCAUCGAUGACCCAAACCUGGUGGUGAAGAUUGGAACCAAGUACUACAACUGGACCAGUGCUGCUCCCAUCAUGCUGGCCAUGCAGGUCUACCAGAAGCCUCUGCCAAAGGCUACAGUGGAGAACAUCAUGAAGGAGAAGAUGCCCAGGAAAGGAGGUCGCUGGUGGUUCUCCUGGAGGGGCAGGAACAGCGACUCCAAAUCGGACUCUAUAUCAGAGGCAGGAGGGGAGGGGGACGAGGCAACCCUCACUAUGUCCUCUAUGACCAGGAUGAAGGAUGAGUCCUCCUCCAGUGACGAGGAGCACCGCUCGGCCAAUCAGGGCUCAGGAAGCUUCCAGGCGGAGCCCCUGCUGACCCCGGGGAGCGUCUGCUACAGGAAGACCCUCCGCCUCACCUCCGAGCAGCUGGCCAGUCUGCAGCUGAAAGACGGUGCUAAUGAUGUGGUGUUCAGUGUGACCACCCAGUACCAGGGCACCUGCCGAUGCCAGGGCAGGAUCUACCUGUGGAGCUGGGACGACAAGAUCGUCAUCUCCGACAUCGACGGAACCAUCACCAGAUCUGACACCCUGGGCCACAUCCUGCCCACCCUGGGAAAGGACUGGACCCACCAGGGCAUCGCCCGGCUCUACCACCGCGUCAGCCAGAAUGGUUAUAAGUUCAUGUACUGUUCAGCGAGGGCUAUAGGCAUGGCAGACAUGACCCGGGGAUACCUGAACUGGGUCAACGAGAGAGGAACCAUGCUGCCCAUGGGCCCUGUGAUGCUCAGCCCCAGCAGCCUGUUCUCUGCCCUGCACAGAGAGGUGAUAGAGAAGAAGCCUGAGAAGUUCAAGGUGGAGUGUCUGACAGACAUUAAGCAGCUGUUCCUACCCAACACUGAGCCCUUCUAUGCUGCGUUUGGAAACAGAGCCACGGAUGUCUACUCUUACAAAGAGGUGGGGGUUCCUCUGAACAGGAUCUUCACCGUCAACCCCAAGGGAGAACUGAUACAAGAACACGCCAAAACCAACAUCUCCUCGUACGGCCGUCUCUGUGAGGUGGUGGACCACGUCUUCCCCCUGCUGGUCCAAGGGCAGACCUGUGAUGUCACCGGCUCUGACACCUUGAGUCAGCUGACCUGCUGGAGGGAGCAGCUUCCACCGGGCCCCGCCCAGAACCCUGACCCAGCCCCGCCCCCUGCCCCAGCCCCGCCCCCAGACUCCAGCAGAGGAGACCUCGGAGCAGGGCCUAGCCUAGGCACCAGCGAGGAAACACACACACCUGCGGAUGCAGAGAAGUGAAAAUCCAGAUGCACACACACACAUACAGUAUAUGCAUCAACACACGCUUACACACUAACACACACAUAAGCGCACACACAAGCAAAACACAGACGCCAUACAAAUCAUGAAUCCUCUGGCUUCCAUAAACAAAAUGCACUUAUGUAGGGCGGUAAGCUUUUGGGCUUCUUUACUACUGGACAUUUCUAUGGACCUUGUGUAAUUUAGAGUUUUUCUUCAUUUCUGAAAUAGUGUUCAUUGAGAACCACAGCACUGUUGUGUCUCUACCAGGUCACUGGUGAUCCAGAGGCCAGACCUUCACUAACUGUAGAAGUUCUUUCCUAACACUGCACCUGUUAUGCUUCUUCUACUGACUCCAUGUAAAACCUGAUCUGAGCCAACUCUACGCACAAAGCAUCACGCACACAGGACUCUGGACGCCAAAGUCCGACAGCCCAGAAAACAAACGUUGAGUCUUUUUGGGGGGCUGAUAAGACACAAAGUAACAGCCAUGUUGCCUGUGUUCUGUAUCUGGUUGUAAACAAUAGUUUACUUUCUCACAACUUCUGUUAAUUUGGUUCAUUUGUUGUUAUAAAUUUUGAAUAUGGUACAAUUGAAUGUUUUUGAACAUUGUUAACUUUCUACAAAUCAAAGCACUAACCCCACUCCCCUAAUAACUGUAUCUUUAGGUGUCUCUGUGUUAUUUAUUGUGUAUUCACAGACAAGUAGAUGUUCUAAAUGAAACAAUUUGUCCCGGGGGAGCUAUGGUUACUGUACUGGACAAAUGGUUUCUCUUUACCUCUCUCUCAGAUGCACUAAUAGGGAUUGGUCUCGCAUGUUGCAGUUAUGUAGUCAGACAGGAAGUAUUAGGUAUAGAUAAUGACACUGUGAAUACUUUACUACAGAAUAAUGCAACUAACACUAGCUCAGGAUGUUCUGGUCAGUCUAUGAGGAGACAGAUUAUUUUCAUCUCCUUUUACCACUUUUAAAACUUGACAUGUUUAAGUCUGUCCCUCAGACUUUGUCUUUCUCUUUGUCUCCCUCGCUCCUCCACUCCCGCACCCUCAAGCUUCUAUGUAGUAAUUCAUGAUUAAGGUUAUUUGAGGGGAAAGUAUUGUAUUUAUGCCUUUUUUCUAGCAUUUAUUAAUUGUUAAUAAUAAACACACAAAUGUAAUCGUAGCUGCGUACCAUAAAAUGUUAGUGAGGUUAGACUAGAGACAGAUCAGCAUCAACAUUAAUUCUGUAUGUUUGUGGCAGUUCUCGUUUCUGCUCAUCUUCAAGGUAAACAGAUCUAUAUCAUCCAUAUCAUCACAUCUACUAGGUCCAGGGUUCUCUGACAGUGUGUGUGUACUGAAGAGACAUAAACCUGUGGGGUGGAACACUGGCUGUGGAUGAGUCAAACGGGAUGAGUUGGGUUGAUGGUAAUAUGUGAGUUGGGUAGGUGAGAUUCUAACUGUCUGUGGGGGUAAAUCGGGUUUUUGAGAUUGUAACCGUCUCUGGGUUGAGUAUGAUUGACGAGGUGACGCUUGUCUAAACUGGGGGUCUCCAGGUCACAUGUUCUCCCUGAGGUCCUGUUGGUCACAUGGUGAAACUGCACUUCCUGCUCUCUAUUCACCACGCUGACCCCUACUGUCUGUAACGUCACAUUUCAUGUGAGCAAUCAUCAGGACAUGACCACUAGGCUGUGUGUAGAAUCGUACACAGGUAUUUUACAGGGCCACAAGUGCUGCAUAAGGGCCCGGAAUCCAGUGGAAUGGUUUAGUUAAUGCUGUCGGUGUAGAAAGAGAUUCUGUAUUUUGAUGGGGUGUGUUUGUGAUGUCAUCGUCUUGCCUAGUCUCGUAACUGUUGAAGAAAGUUCGAGGAGUUCAGUCCUCUCAUUUACGUUAUUCUUUCUGUGAAAGAUUAUUUAAAAAUAAUUUGUUUUGCCUUAGCUAUCUCUGUGUGCAAUGUAAGACAUUUGCCGAAUGAACAAAUAUUUGA